CUCCCCCAAGCGGGGAAGACUUUCUCUCCGUCCUUCCCCUCGGCUCCUGGCGUCCGCUCUGCGCUCUUCCCACGGAGCCCUUCGUUUGCCUCCCUGCCAAUGGGGGGUCCGGGCGGCAGGUGGAUCGGCGGCCAGGGGCAGCCACCGCGAAGAGUCUGCGGGGCCUGGGCCCGACGGCACUGGACGGGGCGCGGCCCGCGGGCCGCCCGGGGCGGGGAAAGCGGCCCUGCCCCUCCCGGGCCCCGCGCAGCCGGCCCCAGGGGCGGUCCCAGGCUGCCCGCUCGCCGCCGCAGCUCCGCGUGCCUGCUGGGCGCUCCCCAGUGGUGGAGCCCAGGUGCCGGAGGGCAGGAGGCCCCGAGGAUGUGCGGCUGGCGGCUGCUCCUGCUCUGGGGGCUGCUCCCCGGGGCAGCGGCGGGGGGCUCGGGCCGAACCUACCCGCACCGCACCCUGCUUGACUCGGACGGCAAAUAUUGGCUAGGCUGGGGCCAGCGGGGCAGCCGGCUCGCCUUCCGCCUCGAAGUGCGCACCGCCGGCUACGUGGGCUUGGGCUUCUCGCCCACCGGGACCAUGGCUGCGGCGGACAUCGUAGUGGGCGGCGUGGCCCAUGGGCAGCCGUACUUGCAGGAUUAUUUUACAAGUGCAAAUAAAGAGUUGAAAAAAGAUCCUCAACAAGAUUACCACCUGGAAUAUGCUAUGGAAAAUAGUACACACACAAUAAUUGAAUUUAGCAGAGAACUGCAUACUUGUGACACAAAUGAUAAGAGUAUAACGGAUAGUACAGUGAGAGUGAUCUGGGCCUACCAUCAUGAAGAUGUGGAAGGAGCUGGACCCAAGUACCAUGACUCCAAUCGGGGUACUAAGAGUCUUCGGUUAUUGAAUCCUGAGAAAACCAGUGUGUUGUCUACAGCCUCACCAUACUUUGACCUGGUAAAUCAAGACGUCCCCAUCCCAAACAAAGGUACAACAUAUUGGUGUCAAAUGUUUAAGAUUCCUGUGUUCCAGGAAAAACAUCACAUAAUAAAGGUGGAGCCAGUGAUACAGAGAGGACACGAGAGUCUGGUCCACCACAUCCUGCUCUAUCAGUGCAGUAGCAGCUUCAAUGACAGUGUCCUGGACUACGGUCAUGAGUGUUACCACCCAAACAUGCCCGAUGCCUUCCUCACUUGCGAGACCGUGAUUUUUGCCUGGGCCAUUGGUGGAGAGGGUUUUUCCUAUCCACCUCACGUGGGAUUAUCCCUUGGCACUCCGUUAGAUCCACAUUAUGUGCUCCUAGAAGUCCAUUAUGACAAUCCAACUCAUAAGAAAGGCUUAAUAGAUAAUUCUGGACUGCGGUUAUUUCAUACAACGGAUAUAAGGGAAUAUGAUGCUGGAGUAAUUGAGGCUGGCCUCUGGGUGAGCCUCUUCCAUACCAUUCCUCCAGGGAUGCCAGAAUUCCGGUCCGAGGGUCAUUGCACUCUGGAAUGCCUGGAAGAGGCUCUGGAAGCUGAAAAGCCAAGUGGAAUUCAUGUGUUUGCUGUUCUUCUCCAUGCUCACCUGGCUGGCAGGGGCAUCAGGCUACGUCAUUUUCGCAAAGGGGAUGAAAUGAAAUUACUUGCUUAUGACGAUGAUUUCGACUUCAAUUUCCAGGAGUUCCAGUAUCUAAAGGAAGAACGAACAAUCUUACCAGGAGAUAACUUAAUCACCGAAUGUCGCUACAACACAAAGGAUAGAGUUGGGAUGACCUGGGGAGGACUAAGCACAAGAAAUGAAAUGUGUCUCUCGUACCUUCUUUAUUACCCAAGAAUUAACCUUACUCGAUGUGCAAGUAUUCCAGACAUUAUGGAGCAGCUUCAGUUCAUUGGUGUUAAGGAGAUCUACAGACCAGUCACGACUUGGCCUUUCAUCAUCAAAAGUCCCAAGCAGUACAAAAAUCUUUCUUUCAUGGAUGCAAUGAAUAAGUUUAAAUGGACUAAAAAGGAAGGUCUUGCAUUCAACAAGCUUGUUCUUAGCCUGCCAGUGAACGUGAGAUGUUCCAAGACAGACAAUGCAGAGUGGUCGAUUCAAGGAAUGACAGCAUUGCCUCCAGAUAUAGAGAGACCGUAUAAAGCUGAGCCUUUGGUGUGUGGAACUUCAUCGUCCUCUUCCCUGAACAAAAAUGUGUUUCUCAAGUUGUUCCUGUGUUUUAUGUCACUCAGCAGCACGCUGGGUGCCAAGUCCUUGUGAUGCUAAUUCUGUUGCAGUUGGUGAUGAUGUUUUCUGUGAUCUGAACCUAUUGUUUAAAGUACAGAGUAAAGACUGUGUCCACUCUGGGCAUGAAGAGGUGGACACAAAAGGUGUGCAAACUUUUCCUCACACACUCGCUAUCACUGUCAUCCCCUCCCCAUGCUCCCUUCCUGGUAUAUCUAAGAGAUGUCAGUCAUGUUUCUUCCUACAAAAUGCCUGAUGUUAUGUACAGUUGUCCAAAUAAAUCAAAACCAGCCUUAAUAUGACCUUUAAAAACACAUUGGAACUGUUAAGCAGAAAUAAAAGAGUUCUUUAAUUCCUUCCUUAGCCCUUGUUAAAUACUCAUUGCUGCAAUUUCAUUUUUUAAUAUGACUUCUAUGUUUCUUUUAAAAACGCUUUCAUCUUAAAAAAAUAUGAAAAGUACCAGGCUCCAUUCCAGUUGUCUCCUUUAUUAUUGUUCUUUGAGUGUGACCUUCCAAGUGUCACUGUGGUCCUUGUUGCCUUUUACAUGACCCAGUUCUGAGAAUUACUCGUUGACUCCUUGGCUCAGGGCUUUUUAAUGAUGCCCACUCUAAUCUCCUGUUUAUCUGAGUCCAUUGCCACUCUCAAAUCAUCUUCUCAAGUUCAGAGUACUUCCUUAGCUCUCCCCUGCUUAGAUCUUCCUGGUUGAGUUCUGCCACUCACUAAAAAGAAAGCAGCUAAGGGAAAUACAAACAUAGUGUGCAAUGCAUUGUACACAGAGGAGAAAAUGGUGCUGGCCGCAAACCCAGUGCUGUGCGGGGUCCUUGAUAAGGUGCCAAGCUCAGUUUAGAAAGUGUAAGCCAGUGAAGAAGGGAUCAGAUCUGGGUGGUUCUUCAGUGACUGUGUAGGGUGUUUCACACAUUGGCUCCGGAUGAGUCAUGGUUGAUAUUCUAGAUGUAUCUUCUUAGUUUAUAAACAAACUUUCCACAUAAAAUUAUCACCAAUUCAAAAUCUUCUCACUCUUUUUGUUCUCUUUGUGUAGGUCAGCCAAAUCUUAUUUUUGUCCUGUUUGCCUUUCUUAGUCUAAAUCCAUUUGGAUCACAUUAAUAAACUAAACGAAUUUUAAGUUUUGUGUCAUAUCAUACACAAUCCUCGAGAGAAACAGAUGACUCUGUGCUUGUGUUGCCAGUAAAAAUAGAAUAUUGCAUUUUCUACUCCAUUUUUAAUCUUUCUAUUCUGCAAACAAUGUCCCCAACACAAACCAUAUCAUCAUUUAAAUAAAUAUGUUUUGGAGUGUUUUCUUGUUGAUUCUUAGAUUUUGUGAACUUGAUGACAUGUUUGAAUAAUUUAUGAGGUGUAUUUUAGAGUUUAUUUCUUUUCAUUGUGUAAAGUAUGAUUUAAAAUUCUAUGAUUUCUGCUUUCAAAUAUUUGUUUGAGCAAUAUGAUAAUCCCAGAUGCUCUCUAUUUGAAAUUUCAUGUUUAUUUUUGCUUUGGAAUUUUCUGAAUGUUGAUGUGUCAAAGUCAAAUGAUUUCCUUUGGAGUUGACAUAAUAGAUAUUUGUUUUCGUUGUUCUUGGUAUGGACAGUGAACACAGCCACCAGGAAAGGAUGAAAAUUGCAUCUGUGGGGCCAGCCCAGGGACUCUGUUUUUCCACUGAUACUACUUAAGAAAGCUAACAUUCUUCCUCUCCCAGGAUUCUUGUGAAUACAUAUGCCUUUUAAGAAUUGGUGUCUAAGGCCGGCGCCGCGGCUCACUAGGCUAAUCCUCCGCCUUGCGGCGCCGGCACACCGGGUUCUAGUCCUGGUCGGGGCGCCGGAUUCUGUCCCGGUUGCCCCUCUUCCAGGCCAGCCCUCUGCUGUGGCCAGGGAGUGCAGUGGAGGAUGGCCCAGGUGCUUGGGCCCUGCACCCCAUGGGAGACCAGGAAAAGCACCUGGCUCCUGGCUCCUGCCAUCAAAAGGAAGACCUUUCUCUCUGUCUCUCUCUCACUGUCCACUCUGCCUGUCAAAAAAAAAAAAAAAAAAAAAGAAUUGGUGUCUAAUUUGAAAUUAGGAAAAGUUAUUUGUUGAAAAUUCUGUAGAAUUCCAAGUAUCUCCUAAAUUAUUUCCUCUUAUAUUGAGCAGACUUUCCAGGCAUUUUAUUUCUCCUUUCUUUUAGAGGCCUUUAUUGCUGCUCUGGGUCAAGGCACAUCAUCUGCUCCCCAGGCUCUCAGGCAGGAGUGGUUGAGCUCUGAGCAAGAAUACAAUCUCCAUAUACCAUAGUCUCUGGUUUGACCUGUCACUGCAGAGACAAUGGAGAAUACACCAAUAUAUUCAGGCCCUUGAAAUUCAUUUUUUUUUCUGAUUGAGGUUAAGGCAAGAUCUAAAGCAUCCUAAAUGUGAUGAGAGUGAUCCAGUCAACAGAAACAGAAAUAUUAAGAGCUUUCAACUUUAUCUUAAUGACUACAGGGGACAUUUGGAAGCAGUAUAGAUUGAACUAUAAAAUUGGCUUAAUAAACACUUAAUAUUGGACUUCAAGGACUAUAAUCUCAAUGAGGUAAAUAUUGAUGACUAACAUUCUUAUAAUGGAAACUUUCUCAUGUCUCUAAGUGUUUCCUUGUAAUUAAGUUACUAUAAGUGGAGCUAGAGAAAUAAUUAUGCAUAUUUUAAGAAUCUUGAUAUAUAUACUCAAGUUAUUCUAAAAUAUUUCAGGAUAAUUUCAUGUACCAUUUGUCUAUCAUCUAUCUAUCAGAUUAUGUCUCUGUCUAAUUAUCUAUAUUCCUCUGUCCAUCAUGUAUUGUGUCAUCUAUCACGUGUCAUCUGCCUGCAGUGAGAGAAUUACAAUUCAUUCAAAUAUAGUAAAAUGGUAACAAUUGAGGUCUCUGGGCAAAGUGUCUAGAGUUCUUUAUACUAUUCUUGCAAUUUCUUGUUUGAAAUUAUUUCAGAAUAAAAAAUUAGAAAUGCACACUAAAUAAUGAAGGAUCCAGCUACACUACAGUGAUCCUGGUAAAUGUUUUCCCUUAUUGAGCACCUCUUCAUUUCAUGGUUGUAACAAUGGAAGAACUGUAUUGUGACUAAUCCUCCAAUAUCCAUGAAAGGAGGCACUAUGACUGUCAUUUUGCCAGUUCUUACUGGAGAUGAAGUGUGUGCCUGCUUUGGAGAUCCAAAUCAGACAAAAGAUCUGAAGAAUCCAGGAAGUGAGGAAUGAUACCCCAAACUAAAAUAAAACAAAAAAAGGGAAGAGGGCUUUCAGUUAGGAAUCAUUAAAAAAAAAAUCUAACUUUUUUUAAAGAUUUGAUUUGUUUACUUGGAAGGCAGAGUUACAGAGAGGCAGAGAGAGAGGUCUUCCAUCCACUGGUUCACUCCCCAGAUGGCUGCAACCACUGGAGCUGCACUGAUCCAAAGCCAGGAGCCAGGAACCAGCAGCUUCUUCCAGGUCUCCCACGCGAGUGCAGGGUCCCUCGGACUUGGGCCAUCUUCUACUGCUUUCCCAGGCCAUAGCAGAGAACUAGAUUGGAAGUGGAGCAGCCAGGGUCUCAAACUGGCGCCUAUAUGGGAUGCUGACACUGCAGGCGGUGGCUUUACCGGCUACGCCACAGAGCCGGCCCCCAAAAUAUCUAAUAUUUAUUUUGUGUUUUUCCCCUGAUUGUAAACCUAAUGUGUAGUGAUGUCUAUUUGCUGAAGACAAUUUAGGAAAUAUGGUAAUUUUGAAAACAAAUAGAAUCUGUUAAUACUGUCACCCAGAAAAUACCUCUUUCAAAUUUCUAGUGCACAUGCUUCUAGUAUGUGUAUGAAGGUGUAUGUUUUUGUGUAUCUGUGUAUAAAUGUAGAUACAUAUGUUACUAUCUUCUAAAACAAACUCCAAAAUCUCAAUGGUUUGGCACAAUAAAUUUUACUUCAUCUUCAA